AUGUUGCAGGCACUGACUGGACUACAGUUUCAGCUCAGAGGAAAGCUACAGGAUCAAGAGUGGACAGACAAGCACCCUCAAGAAGAAACCCAUGCACAUUAUUCACAGUGUCAGAUACCAAUUUCACAGUAUCCUGGCUUCAAUGGAUUUUUUCCAGUGGGAACACGCUUUUCAUCAGACAAAGCUCCAGCAAUCUCAGAGGUACAAACACACUUGGAAAAUCAGUCUAGAUACCAUAUACAGCAAAGCCAGAGGCACCAGGUGAAACAGUACCUGACCCUUGAUACGAAGCUGUCCAGUCAAACGCUCUCCUUGUCCCACUCCCACACAAUCCAGCCUGCAGGAGUUUCCUCCUUGUUAAGAAACGGACAUAUGCCUCCCGUCAGUGAUACUGGCACACCAGAAAGCCCAGUUACCAAGCUGUUGGCCCUUGGAGGAGAACACGAAAAUGCGAUGGAAGAGGUUAUUGAUGACAUAAUCAAUAUGGAAUCAAGUUUUAAUGAUGAAGGGAUAGGUUGCUCUGAAGCUCCUCUACUAAUGCAAAGAACUCUAUCUAGCAGCAUUUUGGAUAUAUAUAGCAGUGACCAGGGAAUGGCACCAGCUAAUAUGGGUCUCACAAAUGCUUCUUGCCCAGCUACUCUACCUGUAAAAAGGGAACUCACAGAAGCAGAUACACGAGCAAUGGCAAAGGAGAGACAAAAAAAGGAUAACCACAAUCUCAUUGAGAGAAGAAGGAGGUAUAAUAUUAAUUACCGAAUCAAGGAGCUUGGCACACUCAUCCCCAAAUCUAAUGAUCCUGAUAUGCGCUGGAACAAAGGAACUAUUUUAAAAGCAUCAGUGGAGUACAUCAAGUGGCUACAAAAAGAACAACAGAGAGCCAGAGAAUUAGAACACAGACAGAAGAAAUUAGAGCAUGCUAACAGGAGACUUCUACUUCGAAUUCAGGAACUAGAGAUACAGGCUCGUGCACAUGGUCUUCCCAUCAUGUCUUCACUCAGUGCUGUAGAUUUAGCGACCCAGGUCAUCAAGCAACAGUCUUACACAGAGGAGAACUCUGUGGACUACUCUCAACAAAUGUCUCUGGCACAUGGACCAAAUUCUGAUGUUUGUGAUGGAUUAACAGCCUUUUCCGAUCCACUUUCACACUUCACAGAUUUAUCCUUCAGCGCAGCUUUAAAAGAAGAACAACGGCUAGAGGAAAUUUUACUGGAUGACACAGUAUCACCAUUUGGAACAGAUCCACUCUUGUCUUCCACGUCACCAGCUGCAUCGAAGGAGAGCAGCAGGAGAAGCAGCUUUAGCACAGAUGAUGGAGAUGACUUAUAAAAGCACAAGUGGCCUCCUGAUUCUUUAACCACCUGCAAAAAGACAGAGUUGAAUGUAAGCAUGAUGUUUGUGCUUAUUUCAAAUAUGAAUAUGGAGAACCACUGUGAAGAUAAAUUACUACAUGGCAAGGGUUUAAAUGAGCACUUACUUCACAGGAAAAUGAGAUGGACAUGAAGUCAUAUCACUUCGCCCUGAACUCACAACAUCUACUCACAGCUGACGUUUGCACAAAUCUUCUUUCUUCAUUGGGAACAUUUUUACUAUCUUUCUCUGAAUUUUUACAACAAUAUGAAAAUUGAAAAUGGUUUCCACAAGAAUACCCACGUCACAGAAGUGUAUUCAAACCCUUUUCAGUCUGCAUUCACUUAUCUCCACUAUAUCAUGAGUUUGAAUCAUCUAUUAAUUUCUUCUUUUAUUAAAAAAAAUGAGAAUUUUGUAUUAAAAGUUCUAAAAACAUGCAAAACAACAGGGAAAUAUUUAAACUGUGAAGUAUAUGUGAUACAGGUAUUGAAGUCUGGAAAAAAUGGACAGUAAUCCUUCUGUACGAAUGAAAUCAGCAUGAGUUUAACACUGUAUGGACUUCUCUUUAAAAGGAAACUAAAAAUCCAUUAAGUGUUUCCUGGAAUCCUGUUUUUUAAUUUUGUUUGUAGAAAAGGAUCAGACUUUUAAUAUAUAUUUUAGUGAUACAGAAGAAAAAUGGAAGCUAACAGAACAAUGGAGACUCAAAAGAACUUAUCAGACAGAAAAAGAUAUGACAUUGCAGCCAAAAGUGUUCAUAAAGACUUCAUGGAUGUACAAAACUCAACAAAAAUGUUCUGUGUUACAGUUAGCACAAUUUAAAACAAUCACUACUGGUAAUAGUGCUAUGUCAGCUGCUUGUUCCCUGAGUAUUCAAGCUAUGUCUAUGUUGUAUGGAAGUGAUCAGAAUUCAGAGACAAGCUACUAUGCUCCUUGAUGAUUUCAGUUUCCUUUGGCAGCAUAAUAAGAUUUUUCUAAAGGGACUCUUUCUAGUCCAUACCCUUGCCUUUGAUCCAUUUGGAAAUGGAGGGAAAUUACAAGCUUCCCAUCGAACACAUAGAGACGGGGAGAAUUUAACUUCAAAUUUGGCUUUGGAUUCACUACAGAAAAGCUGAAGAGGUUGACUUUUCAAAUUAAAGGGGAUAUUCUUAAGCAUUGAUAUGAUGCACUGCUUUCCAGAACCAGCAUGCUAGGAGUGGGUAUUCACAAAACAUGCACUGACUCAGUAAAGGCUUGGCAGUUAGAGGGCAGUUAGAAAACAUACCAUUUCUGUACAUAGUGAAAUUUUGGAAAGUGAUGUAUAUACAUUAAGUGCAAUCAUUGUAAAUGUGAUAUUAACAUAUGGGAAGAUAAGCUGGCAUGAGUUCCUCAUAGCUCUUCCUCAACGAAAGUCAAAAGAGCACAUUUGGGCAUUCUCUAACAAUUCAAGAUAUAUUUAAAAAGUGUGUAUUAAACUUUACUGUCACAAAGCCUGCCUCACUCCCUGGAAGUGCUGCAUUAUUGAGAAUAGCAAUAAGAGGCUAAGAUGGAUUGUAAACAGAGUGAAUGUUUUAAAGAUAUUUAAACAUAUUAUUCAAGAAUAGAACAUUUGUCUAGGAGUUUCCUAAUAUUGCCCCUUUUAUUGUUGGUUCUCCAAACGAGUUCUCCAAAACGACUAGUUCUCAUGAGAUCUGUGUUCUUCCAAGGCUGUAGACCAUUCCUAAAUAAUCCAGAUAGUGCCAUGAUAGUUUCUUAAUUGGAAAGUUAGUAAGGAGAUGAUAAAUUACCUCUAGAUGGCUAUGAAAGAAGUUGUAGUAUCCAAUUUAACAAGAAUAUUUGUGUUUCUAGGAAACUCAAGCAUGUUGUGUUAGCCUAUGCAAACUACUUAGAUGUAAGCUGAACAGAGCAGACCCUAUCUUCUUGUCAGAUAUGUGUUCCCACACAGCCCAGUACAAACCUUUUCCUUGACAAAGGCUCAGAUGUGCUUCCAUUGUAUGGUAAAAAAUAAUAAUAGUAACCAACAGGGUUCUCAUCCCUGAUGAUGACCAACAGGUCAUUCUCAUCUCUUUUUGGCAUAGAGGAAAGGAAAGGAAAAUCCAAUGGAUAUUAACCAAAGGUAACUGAACAUAGGACAGAAUAGCAUUUUAAUUGGAGUGCUUCUAUAAAUUAGGUUCAUUACGAAAAGAAAUCACUUUGUCAUAGCUUUGAUGAAGACUAGCUAAUAUUGCAAGUUGAAUACAAAAUAUGAUGACUUAAAAGUAACAUUUAUAUGCACAUUAUGCCUAGCGUAGGAUGUGUAUUGUCCAUUUCAGCUGAUGAAAGGAGAGGAUACUUAGUUGAUAUCAAAUGCCAUUUGUCCUUGUACUGCAGUUUCUACUACAUUAGUUUUAAAUACACCAAUGUGGAUUGCUCAUAAUGGAGAAAAAGAAAUUAAAUAUGAAUGUAUUACAUGAUUUUCCCAUUGAACUUUUAUGUGGGAGUUAGACCAUACUUCUGAACUAUAUUGACUUUAAAUAACAUCCUGAAUUUCAUCACUUUUAUAAGCACUGUUCUAAAAAAAACAUUAUAGCCCAUCCAUUAAAUUUUUUAAAGUUGAUUUUCAUUCUUCUGACAAUUGCUUCAGUCUGAGGCACUGGAAUUUUUUCUUUUCCUGCAUGAAAAACUUAACAAGAGAGAGAGGAAAUGCUUCUUUUGCAAGAUAUCUUAUUGCGUCUAUCAUUAAACAUAUUCAGGCUGUCUUCAUUCACACAUGCCCAUCCCUACCCACCAGAACACUAAAUGUAUCAGUACCUGUAGGUGUUUAUUAUGGUAAUGUUGUCUCACUAUCAUCAUGUUUUUUUCUGGUAGGAAUUUGUCAUAUUCAGUAUUUUCAUUAGCAACUAUAAUGUGUGUUAUAGUAUUAUCCUUGAAAUUAAAUGGUGAUACAGGACACAAAAAAUGCCAUGCUGAUAUGCCCUUGAUAAUCUAGGACAUUCUGGAGAUAAAUAGGUGGCAUGAAAGAUAUAAAGGAGGGCCUGCUCCAAACUUUCUUGAAUGAGCACUACCUCUCCUUACUCAGAUUUAGUGAGACUGCUGUAAAACUUGGAGGAGUGCUGAGAGCAGGGCAGAGCCCAGUGCCUUUAGGCUUGCAGACAGGCACAGAGGAAAGGGAUUUCAUGACUACAGGGACAAAUCCUGACGUCCUUACUCAGGCAGAAUAACUUUAGUAUCCAUGGGAGUUCUACAGGACUAAAGUCUGGUGCAUGCAAAACACAUUUUAGUUAUUUCCUAUACAGAUCUGUUUAACGCGAUCUCAUGGAAGAGCUGCAUAAUAUCUAUGGCUCUGGGUCUAGAGAAGAAUUUAGACUUGCACAGUUUGACCUCAAGCAGGGGAGAGGGUGAGAGACAUUUUUCUUCAAAAUGUGUUAAAUUAGGAAUUUUUGCUUGUUUUCAGUAGCAGCUGUUCAAAGCUAAUGGACACAUUCUUACAGAAUACACAAACCAGUGGACUGAUCAUUAUACAAAAGGAAAGGGAGUUGAAAUAUUAACAUCUUGUUUAAUUCAUGAAAUGGAUAUAUAUACUAUACUAAGAACAGAAAACUAAAUUAUUUCACUGCAUAUAAUGUGGAUAGUCAAAAAGCUACAGUAAGUGCAAACAGUUUUAACAAACAGGAAAGCAGUUGCUUUAUAUAGUAAAAUAACUAAAUAUAAUUCAGCCAUUUAAUCUUAAUAAGAACAUUGUUAUUGUAAUACCUUUUGACUUUAAUAGGUCUGUACAUAUGAAUGGAGGAUGUAAAAUUAUUGUAAUUUAAAAUUAUGUUAAAUCUCUUAGAUAAGUAAAGGCGUUUAUGUUACUAUUACGAGACUGUAGAAUAUUUUUGUAAUAAUUGCUAUUGUUCAUUGUUAACCAUAUAGUAUCUUGUUUUCUAAGUCAAUGUAUGAAGACAGAAUGUACUUUAUUACACACUGUACAUUCAAUCUUUUUAAAAUUACAUUUUAUACAUUCUGAUAUUUUAUGUUUAUUAUAUGAAUACAAUUAAAGGACAGAAAUUAAAACAUCUCUUUAUAUGUCCCUUGCGAAACUUCACUAUCCAGCCCCACAAAGAAUGCCAUCACAAGACAAUAUAAUAACAUCCACUAAGAACCUCUGAGAUACCUAACAGACAAAACACUUCACAACUGCUAAACAUUUAGUCCAUUAUGAUACAUCAUGAUCCAGCAGCCUCCCAUUAAUAAAAAUAAUUGAUACAUUCUUUAAUAUGGUCUCCUGCCAUCUGCUUAUUCCUGCUGCUAAGGCUUUGAUUUAUGGAAAGUGUUUUCAGAAUGUUGCAAAAUUGCUAGCAGGCACGAUGAUAUCUGUUAAAUCACUAAGAAGCUCUACAAAACCUUUUAAUGUACUAGAUGUUCCCCAGACAAUCUAGGAUAAACAGAAUAUUGUAUUUGAAGAUGUAAAACAAUUUUUUAAAGCUGAUAAUUAGGUAGCAUUUUGGCACUAAAAGAUACUCUUACUUAAGGAAUUAAGUAAGGAUUUGGGUUGCAUUUUGAAUCCCUAAUAUCGGAAGUCCUGCUUUCUUUAGAAGAUAUUUGGUGCUUUCUGUGCAUGAAAUGAUGCAAAAAUUUUAAGUAGUAACAUAUAUUUCAGUCACAGUUUUGUAAUAAUGCAUUUGUUUCUUGUUAAAUAGUGCUCUUUGUGUGCAUCAGAUAACAUUUGAUUUCUAAUAAAGAUGCUCUCCAGA